AUGCAGCAAACUCCCCCAGGCCCCCGAAAUGCAGGGCCGCCUCGUGGAGGGUUUAAUGCCGGUUUCCGUGGAGGCCCCGCGGGAUAUCCCAGAGCAGCGACAUGCUACAAAUGCGGUGGCCCGAACCAUUUCGCACGAGAUUGCCAAGCCCAGGCUAUGAAGUGCUACGCCUGCGGAAAAUUGGGCCAUAUCUCCCGCGACUGCACUGCCCCCAACGGCGGACCGUUGAGUUCUGUCGGAAAGGUCUGUUACAAGUGCUCUCAGGCUGGCCACAUCUCCCGCGAUUGUCCUACCAAUAACGCGGAUACGAAGGCGCAACCUGCUAGCGCUGAAACUGCCGCAGCAGUUAACCCACCUACGGAAACCCCCACGGAAGCUCCACCUGUCGCAACCGGAGCAGGCCCUGCCGCGACUGUUGUCUAA